GUUCUUUGUAAUUCAAUUCAACUUCCAACCAGGAAACAAAAAAGUGGAUCGCAAAAAUGCAGUCUUGUUAAAAUCCACUUCUCAAAUCCCGAAGAAUCUACCAAAGUAUGUGGAUGUGGAACUGAAGCUUUUAUCAUUCGUCGAAGUACACGAAACGAGUAAUUAUGGCGUACACGAGCGCUGGAUAUUUUUCCGGACCACCGCCUUACAAUCAUUACAAUCAUCAGCUUGGAGACACUGGCGUGUUUGUUGUUAAUCAGCAGCCUCAGUCAAGAAGGCAAUUUCAGUUUCCUAUCAGCUUUCCACCUAGACCUGUUUUGGUGGUGUCGAUCGCGCAGUGUAUCAUUGGGUCUCUGUAUUUCAUAUUUGGCAUUGUCAACAUUAUUGUGAUCCCCUACUUCACCUCAUAUAUUGCGUUCCCAGUAUGGUGCGGUCUUGUGAUUCUUGCAAAUGGAAUUGUCGGUUGCUGUGUUUUGAAGAUGAAAUCAAAAUGCUUGUUUGGUGCAUUUUGUGGCCUAAGUAUAACAUCCUUGAUACUGACAGUAGUUAUGGUGAUAUUCUACUCUAUUUCUUUGGAUUACUUCGACAAUUCAAGUUUCCUUGGCCUUUCCUGCAACUCUUAUGGUUACUGUUACAACUUCAGAACACUUUCAAAGUCCAUUAAGGAAGCAUCAAUUGGUUUAUUAGGUCUCCUGGUGGCGUUGAUCUUGAUUGAGCUUGGGUGCUCUAUUGCUGCCGUUGUUUACUCAUGCAAGGCCUAUUCAAAAUGCUGUACAACCUGCCUCGGUGAAGACUGUUGUGCCUGUGUAGGCUGCUGCGAGUGUGAUGCCAGUCCAUUGACUCCUCACCAGGUAUGUUCCAAUUUCAAACAGCUCUUGCCAUUACGGCAACAAGGUGGACAAAAUUUGCAGCUACAAAACCAAUUCGGGUAUGGCCAAUACCCUCAGACACAGCAACAGCCUCUGUUUCAGCAACUUAAUGCCAUGGGAGUUAAACAAGGAGAUAAUCCGUGCAGUGUAUUACUCAAUGUGAUCAUUAACAUGCCUGGAUCGUCCUAUUUGGUUGACACAGCCAGAUCGGGCCAAAAUGAUUCGCAAGUUCAGACAAUGAGUUCGACAAUCCAUCCUAGAGAUGGAAUGCAGCCCAGUGGAAGCAGCCAGCAUACAGCUGAGGAAGGGCAGGCAGUGAAUCCAAGUGCCUAGGAUUCGUAUUUUUUAAAUGUCACUAGUACUGUCAUUGCAGAGGUUUCAAAACACCAGUCUUACUAAGUUCCAGAUUAAAGUUAGGCAUAUUCAGCAAUAUUUCAUUUAGCCUUAUUUUAUUCACAAAAUCAUCUAUUUGGUAAUAAGGCAGAAUUGACACCAAAUUAAUUAUUUAUCCUAUUUAUUUCUUUAAGUCCAUUUUUAAAUUUCAAAUAUUUUUUUUCCUAAGGUCAUUCCCUUUUACACUGUAUCGUAUCUCUUCUGUUUGCUGCAUGUUGUUUUUUAAUCUGUCAGUUGGUUAUGUAUUUAGAAAAAGCGAAUCGUUAGUAAGUGCGAGCGUAAAGCGCCUUCUGGAAACCCUUAGUUAGCGGUAACGAAAUAUACUUGCUGUUAGCCUGUUACUUUUUGCGCACAUUCUUAUGAUUAAGAUUUUUAAAUUCCCCUUGUAAUAUCGAACUGUUGUUGUUCAUCGUUUUUGUAUAUUUUAUAUGUAUUAUCGAACAAUUAUGGUGCAGUGAUAAAUGGCCUGUCCGGAUAACAGACCGAUCUUGAUAAUCUGAUUUUGGGGAAAGGAGGAACUGAGCCAGCUUACUCAAUUCGAACAAAUACAUACAAUUCUAUUGCGAAGAAAUAUAAUUCACUACCAUGUAAAAUUAUCUAGCCCAUAAGUAAUGCAGUUUAAAUUCAUUGCUUUGUCCCUAAAAUUUUGUUCACAAUUUUCUCCCUUUUUCUAGGCCACGCGAGCUUGUUUAUAAGCGCAUAUUUGUUAUGUUUUUAUAUUGCUGAUUAGUCAUGACAUUGUACAGUACUUCAUUUACAUCAUUAUGCACGUACAUCAUAUACCUUAUAAACACCGUGUACAUCAUAUACAUCAUUUAUGCAUGUAAUUUAUUAUUUUAUAUGCCUAAUUAGCAGUCAACGCAUACAAUUAUGAUUUUGAAAAUGGCUUUGAAAAAAGCAAACAUUUUAC